CUGCCGGCCAAAGUUUUCAGUCUGUGCUUCAAUGAACACCCCUCCCUGAAGAACAGGCCUUUUUCAAUACUCUGUUGUAAUGGAGUGGAGCCUUAUCGAUCCCCCAGAGAGCUGGAUCGUUCUGCCUCCGAGAUCCAAGACAGUGUUUUUGUUGUAAGAUGAAGCCUAAAAUGGAUGUGUUUUUAAUGAUCAGACGUCACAAGACGACCAUCUUCACAGAUGCCAAAGAGUCUACCACAGUCUAUGAACUGAAGCGCAUUGUGGAAGGCAUUUUGAAAAAGCCACCUGAAGAUCAGAGACUAUAUAAGGAUGACGUGCUGCUUAAUGACACUCAGACUCUUGGAAAUUGUGGCUUCACGAAUCAAACAGCACGACCUCAAGCCCCGGCGACAGUGGGUUUAGCCUUUCGUCUGGGUGACGACUCAUUUGAGCAGCUGAGGAUCGAGUCAUUUUCCACCCCGCCUGAGCUUCCUGAUGUCAUGAAACCCCAAGAUUCAGGCAGCACAGCCAACGAGCAGGCCAUCCAGUGAGGGGAGGAAGCGGGGACGCCGGAGGGACACGCAGAGGGAAGGAUGGGUUGCAUUUUGGGAAGUUAUGCCUCUGCAAGACAAGUUUUCCUGUGUCUUUGGCAGAUCUUCAGCAGGGCAUCAACAAACAUGGACUCCCUUUGUAAUUGGAGGGUACCUAAAUUGCCUUGAAUUGGAAAGCGCAUGCUAGAUAAAUUUACAACAUUUUACAAGACCCUUCAGAAACAUCUGUUGGACUUGUUAUGACACUGUCAGUCAUCCAUUGGAUUGGUAAAGGCUGAAUUUAAGACUUGUACCUCUUUAUUUAAUUUUUAUUUUUUAAGUAAGGUAACUGCUGUCUUACUUUGUGUUCUUGUUUUGCUGGCUUAAAACUCUGAGUUUUGAAGUUGUGACAUUUUAGGCUUUUAUGUUUGUCUUUCUUUAUGAAACUUAAAUUAGGAUUAACAUGUUUUUUGGUCUGAAUGUGUUGCAACAAAAGGUGGGAAUUGGUCAAUCUUUGAGGUAAAGGACAAGAAUUUAUAAAAAGAACAGACAUGUUUUCAGAUUAUUGGAAUCUAAAAACGAGAUUGUAGCUGGAAAAUCAAGGCGGUGAUUUGAAUGAGUGGCCUUCAUUGCUUCAGAUACAGCAGGCGGCUCAUUUGACUCCUUUUGUUUUGAUCUUUGGUACCGAACACCCCUUUUAACAUCACCCAUAGAAUAUUGAGUUGAACUGGGGGUAAAAAAGUUUAUAAAGGUUAUGGUGUAAAACAACUGUGAACUUCAUUCAGGAGUUCCUGUAUUAUUUCCCACUCACCGACCAUGUCAAAAGUGUUUAUUGUUGCAUAAAAUGUGUUUGAAAAUCAAAGCAGUGGAACUGUGUGGCGGAAACAGAGCUGCACUUUUGUUUCAUUUAACAUUAAAACAAUUGUUUUU